AUGCAGUUGAUAUAUCACACUGGUGUCAAUGGCAAAGGCCAAAACUGGCGUGAUUGUACACCUGACUUCAUUGAAUGCCAUCUCAAUCCUUACUUGGAGUUUGUUGGCACCAUUUUUCCGGAGCAUGUGAGGAAGACAUGUGCGCUCAAUUAUGUCCCUCAAAGUCCUCUGAGUGCUACUGUCAUUCCACCUACCAUGGACUUCGUGGGUGCAGCUUCUACCAGUAACACAUCCCCCCAGUUUUAUACCAUCUGGUGGACUUUGGACCUUCGACAAAUCAAACACACAGAGUCCUUUAUUGAUGAGACUGAAGUGCUACUCCCUGCACAUCCUGCCGCAAGUUCACUUGAUCCCCACACCCCAUUGCUCUACAAUAAAUAUCAGUCAUUAUCUUAUAAUCCGCCGCCGUCAAGCUCGCAGACUGGGACUGAAGUGCUCCUCUCUGCACAUCCUGCCACAAUCCACCACCGUCAAGCUCGCAGACUGGUACCCCCAAUUUUAUCAUGGACUCGUGAAGUCUGGGACCAGCAGGUAUCAUCUCCCCUCUGUUCCUCAACACCCCAUUUCCAAAUGGGGCCAAGUUAUAUUUUUCCAAACUCUCACCUUCCACGGUCUGGUUCCGAGCCUGCAAUACCUGCAGCCCCUGCAACACCUGCAGCCCCUUUAGCACCUGCAGCCCCUGCAACACCCGCAGCCCACCUGCAGCCCACAAUUGAUGAGCAUCUGGACUGA